CAUUUGUAAUCUAUUUGUUGGGUUUUCAAAUCAAAAUUAUGAUAAUCUUACAGUGACAACGUAAAAUUUGUGUUUUUGUUACUGUCUGCGAUGAUAGUGUCACAGUGACAACGUAAAAUCGCGGAAAAAUAAAUUGGUCCGUCCAGGAACCCCCACCAUCUUGUCUCACUCCAAUUGCUCCAGUUCUGAGGCUCAGCUACUGUACAGAAUCGGCCUGAUGGCGAAGACCAAACCCGGAAAGAAAGACCUUGACUCGUACACCAUCAAGGGCACCAACAAAGUCGUCAGACCCGGAGAUUCUGUCCUAAUGAGACCAUCAGAUUCUGACAACCUCCCUUAUGUGGCAAGAGUUGAGAAGUUUGAAGCUGACCACCGGAACAAUGUGAAAGUAAGAGUGAGGUGGUACUACCGGCCGGAGGAGUCAAAGGGUGGACGUAGACAGUUUCACGGGGCUAAGGAACUGUUCCUUUCGGACCACUAUGAUGUGCAAAGUGCUCAAACCAUAGAAGGAAAGUGUUCGGUGCAUUCUUUUAAGAACUAUACAAAACUGGAUAACGUGGGCCCUGAGGAUUACUACUGUAGGUUUGAGUACAAAACUGCCACCGGCGGGUUCACCCCUGAUCGUGUUGCUGUGUAUUGCAAGUGUGAGAUGCCCUAUAAUCCUGAUGAUCUCAUGGUUCAGUGUGAAGGAUGCGCUGACUGGUUUCAUCCUUCUUGUAUGGGCUCGUCCAUUGAUGAAAUAAAGAAGUUGGAGCAUUUUGUGUGUUCAGACUGCUCAGGUGAAGAAGAGGCUAGAGAACAAAUGAAUUCAUUUCAUGUAUCACCGCAGGCGGAGGCAAAGCGCAGAAAGAAAACUGAUUAAGCUUUGUUGCUAGGAGGGCUGGUUCAUCUCUUUCUUGGAAAAGCUUAGUAUGUAUUUUGCUGUUGUGUUGUGGAACUGUACAGUGCUGAUCAUACUGGGCUUUUCAAAAAACUAUUAACCUAUUUUUCUGUACCAUUUUCUUUGUAAUAAUACUAGUGGUUUGUGUGUAGCUAGACUGAGAUUUUAAACUGAUAAAUACUCCAAUUUUUGGUUCAAAACAA